AUGAGCAGCGUGGUCCAGAACCCUUACAUCGGCCGGACACCCAGCACACGGGUGCCAAGGCCAGGUGGAGGUGUUGUAGCUCCGCCUGUGAGUCGCGACGGCAGCGGCAGCUUCCGCAGCGGCAGCAUCAGCAGCGACGGGUCUGGAGGCCGGAUCCUGUCCCUGCUGUCCAUGAGCGACAACGUCCACGCCGGCCUGAGCUGCUUCCUGCCCGAGCAGGCCCUGGAGCACGAGGAGAGGCGCCAGCGGAUCUGCCAGCUGGCAGAGAUUCAGCGCCUGAAGGAGGUCCGCGCUGCCGCCCAGCUCAAAAACCUGGAGGACUUCCUCAAGAUGAACCACGUGUCUUUGAGGGACACGGUGUCUUACACCACCGGCAUGUACUACAGAAAUCUGGGAAGAUCAGGGCUGAGGGUGUCCUGUCUCGGAUUAGGCAAGUAUGGUUUGAUUUGA